CUCAUUUCUACAUUCAUUUCAUUUGAUACCUUUUCCUUGUUACUUUGUUUUGCAUUUUGAUAUUUUGAGCUAUGACCACCAUUUGUGCUGACCAACAUCAACACAAACUCCAUCAUCUUCUUUCCCCCAAAAGUCCUACCAAACCCUUCAAAGAUAUUGAGGUUCCUCCCAGGAAACUUCUUCUCAACAGCAAGAAACUCUUGCACCAUCACCAUCAUCAUCAAGAUAUCAAUAACAUGUUUUUCCCUGAAGAACUCAACAGUCUUCAUAAGUUCUUGCCUUUCAACAAUACUGAUGCUGAUUCUGAUCCUGACUCUGACUCAGAUCCUUAUGCUUCUGAUCAUUUUCGCAUGUACGAAUUCAAGAUCCGUCGCUGUACUCGCAGCCGUAGCCAUGACUGGACUGACUGUCCUUUUGCUCAUCCUGGCGAGAAGGCUCGCCGCCGUGAUCCUCGCAGGUUUCAUUAUUCUGGAACUGUUUGUUCUGAGUUCCGUAGGGGAGGUGGGUGUAGCCGUGGAGAUGAUUGUGAGUUUGCUCAUGGAGUCUUUGAGUGCUGGCUCCAUCCAUCACGAUAUAGAACUGAAGCUUGCAAAGACGGCAAGAAUUGCAAACGAAAGGUGUGUUUUUUCGCCCACUCUACACGUCAGCUUCGCAUUUUGCCUGAGAUUUUAUCAUCUCCCAAGUAUAGUCACCCUCUCUGUGGCAAUUCUCUGGUGAACAAUCAUAAGAAUAAUCAUUGUUGCAUGUUUUGCCAUCAUUCUGUCAAUUCCUCUCCAACUAGUACUUUGUUGGGUAUGUCUCAUUUGUCACAGUCACCGUCUCAGUCACCACCAUUGUCGCCGGUGAAUCACGGAUUCUCACCCAUUUCUCGGUGCAGUGAUCGUUUGAUAAAGUUUAGCAGUACUCCUGAUGCGGCCAUGAGUUACAAAGAUGUGCUCAAUGAGCUGAUGAGUUCAUUGGCUGAAAUGAAUUUCAAUGAAGUUUCUUCUCCUUUGUCAGUCCCCGGUGGUAGCAGCAUGAAUGGUAAUAUUCCUUGGAUUGAUGCAAAUUCUUUUAAUAUUGAAGAUCAGCAACAGUUUGUUCUUUCUCCUUCAACUCCAAACCCUUCAGGGUCAAUGAAUCCUUUUGGUUGGGAUUGUUCAAACAAAUGUUUGGUUGAUGAUCAGAAGAUUAAUGACAUUAAUGGCGGGCAGCUGGGCUGUCCUGAUCCUGAUCUGGGUUGGGUGAAUGAGCUCUUGAUGUAGAUGAAGAAGAUGUGUAAAUACGCUGUUUGCACCAGCCGUAUAUAUAUAUCACUUUAUAUAUAUGAGAUUUGGUGUAUAUUAUUAUUGUUAUUAUUGGUUUUUCAGUACUUAAA